AUGCAUCCCGAAGCAGGUGAUUCAGAUGACCCUUCAGACAAUGAGUCGCCCCUGUCUCUGUCCCCCAGCAAUGCCUCGGGCGGACAACUGCAGUCUUUUCCAGAGCAGCCAAGCAUGCAGAACGACUGCGCCAUCGGCCAUCGUGUGCAGGCAAGCCGCUCCAUCCUGGCCUUGGCCUUGGACGAGGACUUUGUUUUUGCCGGCCUCCAAGGCGGUGACAUAGUGGCAUGGUCUCUGGACACAUACGAACUAGCAUUGUCCAUCCGUGCUCAUGAGGAGAGUGUUCUCGGACUGUUCCUCUCGGAUGACGGAACUUUGCUCUUCUCCAGUGGUGGAGACUCUGUGGUAAACGUCUGGUCUACCGCUACUUUUGAUAGAGUGUACUCUAUCCACUCAUAUCAUGAUGUCGGGGACAUCUUUGCGGUCGUAUAUUCCCGCGACCUCAACACUGUGUUUUGCGGUGGGCAGAAUACUAGUUUGCAGUGGUGCAAUCUAUCAACUGAUGAGGUUGCCACAGUGACGAGGCAUCCCUCCAAACUCAGACAUCGAUUCUUUGAUUCACGAGGCCCUGGCGGUAGUAUUAACCCACGAUCAGAAGAUUCUGCUAGCCAAAGCCCAGCCAGCCAUGGCGGCAAGGCCCUGACCUUCAAACGUGAUCAUCACAGGCUAUUUGCCCACCACGGCUACGUCUAUUCGAUGAUUCUCGUCCGUGGAUUGGUAGAGUCUGCGCCAUCCGAAGAAGUGCUACUAACCGGCUCCGGAGACGGUUCCGUGAAGUUGUGGCGCCUUAGCAACGACGAAAACGGAGCUCCGGUUCAAUUGGCCAAAUUGAACAACGGCAGCGAUGCUGUUCUAUCGCUCGCUGUAGAGGGGCCUUUAUUGUACUGUGGUCUGGCCGGUGGUGCACUCAAUAUUUGGAAUCUAGACUCACAGCAGCUUGUCAAGCAAAUCGCUGAAUAUCGUGGAGACCUUUGGGCAAUCGAUAUCAUCAAAGGCAUUGCAAUUGGUGGAGACUCACACGGUGUCGUGAAGAAAUUCAAUUCCAAUUUCGAGGAGGUUGGGUCUUGGACGGCGCAUGAAGGCACAAUGCUUGCCUCUGCUGCCGGGUUUUUUCGAAACCGGCGUAUCUACGCUACCGGUGGAAACGACAAUACGGUUGCUAUUUGGGAUCUAACCGGGCAUCCAGAGAAGACGGAGAUCCAACCCAUUGGCAAUGAUGAAAUGCUCAAUACACUGGCGAAAUUCGUUUCUUACAGGACAAUCUCGUCAAGUCCGAAAUUCCUUGUUGAUUGCAACCAAGGAGCUGCGUUCCUCCGCCGUCACUGUGCCUAUCUAGGCGCAAAAGCCAAGUUGUUGACUACGGGGACUGACACUAACCCGGUUGUCUACGCAAGGUUCUCGGCAUCCUCGCCGGGAUCAGACGUCAAAACUCUUCUCUUUUAUGGACAUUACGACAUUGUCGGGGCCGAUACCAAUAGAGCAAAGUGGAGAACAGAUCCUUUCCAACUCAGCUCCGUUGAUGGGUUCUUGUAUGGGCGAGGAGUCUCUGAUAAUAAGGGUCCCAUUUUGGCAGCUCUAUAUGCUGCUGCUGAUCUUGUCAGACGCAAAGCCCUCGACUGUGAUGUUGUCUUUUUGAUCGAAGGAGAAGAAGAGUCGGGAUCACAGGGCUUUCAAACAGUAGUACGCGAAAACAAGGAUUUGAUUGGAGAUGUGGAUUGGAUCCUACUUGCAAACAGCUACUGGCUGGACGACCAUAUCCCGUGUUUGACAUAUGGCCUCCGCGGCGUGGUGCAUGCUAACCUGAUUGUUGCCAGCGAUCAUCCUGAUCUCCACAGUGGUAUCGAUGGAAGUGCUUUAUUAGAUGAACCACUCAAGGAUUUAUCUCUCCUUCUGUCGACACUGGCUGGGCGCAAAGGUCAUAUCAACUUGCCCGGUUUCUACGACAGUGUACCAAAAUUGACAAAGGCAGAAGAAGAGAGAUACGAGGCCAUCGCGGCCGCACUUCUUCCGUUGCACCCUGAGAUUGCAGAUCGCGAUGCAUUCACCAAGUCGUUGAUGUACCGAUGGCGGGAGCCAUCACUGACGAUCCACUCUAUGGAGGUUCCAAACAACAAAAAUUCAGGGACAACGAUAUAUCGCCGGGCCAAGGCGAGUGUAUCGGUGCGAAUUGUGCCCAACCAAAACGCAGACGAAAUUGCAUCGGCUUUGACGGUCUUUGCCCAAGAACAGUUUGAUCUGCUGGAAUCGCAAAACGAGCUCACGGUUGAAAUUACGGGCAAGUCGGAUCCGUGGCUGGGUGAUCCGGAUAAUGAGAUAUUCGGGGCUCUAUCAGAAGCCAUUUCGGCCGCAUGGACACGGGACCUUGAUAGUAAGAGAUACGGCCUGCCAUUGUCUCAAUCAAAAACGGGUGGUUUACCUGUCCGGUCUGAAUUGUACCGGACCGACUCCAACGACAGCGUGGCAUCGCACAUUGACCGUAUUAUCUCAUCAUCUACGACGACGUCAAAAACAAGGGCGUUUAGAAAACAGAGCACGUCCAACAUGACAGCAGUGCCAACUUCGUCGACGCUGACUAAUAGCACGUCAAGCAAUGGGCUCGCAAAUGAGGAAAACCACAGCGACCAUGACUUGUCCACAUCGCCUUCAGCUGCAUCAACAUCUGACCCUCGUUCCACACAGAAUACAUCACAACACACCCCCAAACCAGGCCACCUCUCUUCGACAUCUCAAUCACCGUCCCGGGCGGGGGACUUGCCUGUCGGUCCUCUCUAUAUCCGCGAGGGCGGCUCUAUUCCCACGAUUCGCUUUCUGGAAAAGGAGUUUUCGGCGCCGGCAGCCAACCUGCCGUGCGGCCAAGCUAGCGACCAUGCGCAUUUGGAUAAUGAGCGACUGAGAGUUGUUAAUUUUUACAAGAGCCGCGAAAUUUUUCGUCGUGUGUUUGAGAAGCUUCCCCAAAGGGGGUAG